AUGUCGAUAUCACGCGGGGUGGGCGGGGUGCGGGACGAGGAGAAUAAGGUGUUGGUAGGGAAUCUGAUUGGGGAGGACCACGUCAACUAUGUGCUGAUGUACAAUAUGUUGACGGGAAUUCGGAUAGCGGUGAGUCGGUGUCAAGCAAAGAUGAAGCGGCCCCUCACGGACGAGGACUUCGUCGCGCGGCACAAAUACUCAUUUGACAUCCUCGGUAACGAACUGACACCCGCGGCGAAGUACGACUUCAAGUUCAAGGACUACGCGCCCUGGGUCUUCCGCGAGCUGCGAGAAGACCACUUCCACCUGGACCCCUCCGACUACCUCGUCUCGCUUACCGCUAAGUACAUCCUCUCGGAGCUCGGCUCGCCCGGCAAGUCGGGUUCGUUCUUCUACUUUUCGAGAGACUACCGCUUCAUCAUCAAGACCAUCCACCACUCCGAGCACAAGUUCCUUCGUUCAAUACUGAAGCAGUAUCAUGAGCAUAUCAAGAACAACCCGCAUACGCUCAUAUCGCGGUUUUACGGUCUGCACCGGGUGAAGCUGCCUAGAGGGAAGAAGAUUCAUUUCGUGAUCAUGAAUAACCUGUUUCCGCCGCAUAAGGACAUUCACGAGACGUACGACCUGAAAGGCAGCACAGUUGGAAGGGAGUAUCCGGAAGAGAAGGCGGCAAAGAACCCCAGAGCGGUGCUGAAAGACCUGAACUGGAUCAACAGGCAUAAACAACUAGAGCUGGGUCCGGAGAAGAGGGCGCUGCUGACGGAGCAAAUAAGGAGAGACUCGGAGUUACUCAAGUCUCUUGAUGUUAUGGAUUACAGUCUGUUGGUGGGGAUCCAUAAUAUGCGCAGGGGGAACAGAGAUAACCUGCGGAGAAAUACACUAAAAGUGUUUUCGCCAAACAUGCCUCGCAUGAAACGGAAACCUACGCAACUGAAGUCGUCAUCACCAGAAGCUAUCGCGAUUCGGAAAGCAAUGCGCGAGUCUGAUCCAAAGCGACUGGACGCGCCGGGAGGGGAAUCUCUGCCCGAGUGCGAUACAGGCGACCGGCAACAUUUCUUGUUCUACCAAGACGAAGGGGGAUUGCGUGCUACUGACCAGGCGAAUGAAGAACUCGAUACCAUAUACUACUUGGGUAUAAUCGAUAUCUUGACGCCUUACAGUACACUGAAGAAGUUGGAACACUUCUGGAAAGGGCUACAGAGCGAUCGACAUAAGAUUAGUCCAGUACCACCUGCGGAGUACGCGGAGCGGUUCUAUGCCUUCAUGAAAGCUAUCAUGCCCGGAGGGGGAGGAGGUGAGAAGUUCAAGGCGGAAACGUAG